AUGCGAAUAAUCAUCGUGGGGGCCGGUCUAGGCGGCCUCGCUGCAGGCCUCUGCUUCGCCCGUGACGGACACACCGUCCAGAUCUUCGAGCAACGCCCCGCCCUCUCUCGCAAGGGCAGCGGGCUAGGCAUCCGGCCUGGAGCCGCCCGCAUCCUUCAGUCAUGGGGACUACACGAAUCUAUCGACAGCGUGGCGGAUAGAAUGCCGCCCUUUGUGGUGAGAGAUCUCCGCUCCGGAGCGAUGAAGAUGCGGAAUGUGCCUGGGCCUGCGAGCGAAGGACCGGAUUGGGGGAUUCCUCGACCCGUCCUGCAGGAUAUUUUAUACCGAGAAGCCGUACAGGCCGGGUGCAUUGUCUCCUUUGAUGCUCUUGUUGAAGAUAUCGUUGAUGGCGAAUGGCCGUCGGUGAAGCCCAGCGUCCGUCUACGAGGUUCUAGAGGUGAUACCAUUGUCCAUGCGGAUCUCGUUCUCGUCGCGGACGGGAUUCGUUCACGGCUGCGCUCGAGGGUGCUAGAUGUGCCUGUCGACCCGAUCCUCACACACACGGUCUUUUACGGCAUCCAUGUUUCGGAGUCGCUCUUGCAGGCCGACCGUGAGGCUUCCUGUUUACUCUCCCAGACUGAGCCGACCGUGUGGGCGGAUAAAAACCGAUUUGUUGUUGCGCGUCGACCAUCCAAGUUUCCCUUUUGGCAGGGACUAUACGGCCUCCAGGCUGAGGAUGACGGGAGUAGCAGCCGUUUAUGGGAUGAGGACGGCGAUAUCAACCUCGUCCGAAAGGCCUUCGCGGGGAUCUGCCCCGAACUUGAAGCCGCGUUACAUCUAGCCACAAGCUGCGAUAGAUGGAAAAUCGCCGAGAUGCCCGAUUUGCCCAGUUGGAGGAGCAAGAGUGGCGCGGUCUUGCUUCUCGGCGAUGCGGCACAUGCCAUGCAGCCAAACGCAGCUCAAGGCCUCUCGCAGAUCAUCGAGGAUAUAGGCGUGUUACACCUGCUGCUUAAAACGAGUAACCUUCCUCUUCCAAUUUUGACAGGGUUAUGGGAAGAGAUUCGCAAGCCGCGCGUGGAACGGAUCAAAGCAUACGCGGCGUGGAAUACACGGAUGUACCUCGGACAGAGAAGUCAGCGAAAUAAGGAUAGAAAGACCCCGUCUUCUGAAGAGGAUCAAUGGAAGAGUAUGCGGGAGGUGGUUCCCGAUGCUUCCGCGCCGUUCAAUAGCCCUUCCUUCUUUAAAUGGGCGCACGACUACGAUGCUGUAUCUGAGGUAUGUUGGCUCCUGUCUAAGAGUCCCAGUUACUGA